AUGGGAGAUCUGGAUUUUCAUAUUCCACCAUACCAGAACUUUUCCAAGCUUAGGUACCUAGUUUUCCCUUCCCUCGUCUCCUACGAUCAAAACCACGUGUUAAUUGGGUAUAGGGUGUCUGUUCCUAGCCCUGAAGGACGACGCCCGCCGUCCACUAACGAGAAUAUCGAGGGAAAUACCGACCAGGGAACCACAUCCAGCUCCAGCAAGCCGCAGGCUAAUGAUGAAUUGGGGCGAUUGUGUGUUCCACCCGAUGCACGACGCGGACUGCGGGAGGACUCCCUUACAGUUCUUCGGGUUGGCCCAACUCCCAAAAAACAACACAAAAUGGAAAACAACAACUGGCCCCUACAAUAG